UUCUCCAUCCGCCUGGUCGUCCUCGUCCCGACUUCAGACCUCUUCCUUCUUGCUUCCACCGCCCUAUUCUGAGCUACGCGACCUCCUGAAUUCUCCCUACCGCGCUAUUCCCUAAUACCACCCGACUCCAAUCCGACACCAUGUUCUCACCUGCCAUGAUGCGCAAGAAGAAGAACGUCAAGAAGGGUAUCCAGUUCUGUCUGAUGGUCUGUGGAGCAUCAGGAACUGGACGAACCACCUUUGUCAACACACUCUGUGGCAAGACCGUUCUUGCCCACAAGGACUCGGACGACCCUAAUGAUGCUCAUGUCGAAGAAGGUGUCAAGAUAAAGCCUAUCACCGUCGAACUUGAGCUGGAUGAGGAGGGUACCCGUAUCUCCCUGACCAUCGUCGACACCCCGGGCUUCGGUGACCAGAUUGACAACGAGGCCAGCUUUUCCGAAAUCGUCGGCUAUCUCGAGAGACAAUAUGACGAUAUUCUUGCCGAGGAGUCCCGUAUCAAGCGUAACCCUCGCUUCAGGGACAACCGUGUUCACGCCCUUCUUUACUUUAUCACCCCGACUGGUCACGGUCUCCGUGAGCUCGAUAUUGAGCUGAUGAAGCGCCUUGCUCCUCGAGUCAACGUCAUCCCCGUCAUCGGCCGCGCCGACUCCCUGACCCCUGCCGAACUGGCUGAGUCCAAGAAGCUGGUAAUGGAGGACAUUGAGCACUACCGGAUCCCCGUCUACAACUUCCCCUAUGAUAUUGAGGAGGAUGACGAGGACACCGUGGAGGAGAACGCCGAACUGAGAGGUCUUAUGCCCUUUGCCAUCGUCGGCUCUGAAGAUAUCGUCGAGAUUGGCGGCCGCAAUGUCCGCGCUCGCCAGUAUCCUUGGGGCGUCGUCGAGGUCGACAAUCCCCGGCACUCAGAUUUCCUCGCCAUCCGAUCGGCCCUUCUCCACAGCCAUCUGGCCGACCUCAAGGAAAUCACUCACGACUUCCUCUACGAGAACUACCGUACCGAGAAGCUCAGCAAGUCGGUCGAGGGCGGCGCUGGAGUGGACUCGUCGAUGAACCCCGAAGACCUUGCCUCCCAAUCUGUGCGGCUCAAGGAGGAACAGCUCCGUCGCGAGGAGGAGAAGCUGCGGGAGAUCGAAGUCAAGGUUCAGCGCGAGAUCAACGAGAAGCGACAGGAACUGUUGGCCCGCGAGUCGCAGCUCCGCGAGAUCGAGGCCCGCAUGCACCGGGAAGCCAGCGCCGCCGCUACCCCUGUGAUCGACCGCCCAGAGGCGAACGGUGGGGACGUCCAAAACUAAAUCUGGCUUCCCUCUGUGGUGCCGCGCUCCCCGGAACAUCCUAUUGCGCAUCUCGUCUCCUCGAGACGCCGCGCCACGUUGGUUCUUUUUCUAUGCUGGCGUUGGUUCCUGUUGCCGCUUCUUCCUGCGUCGGUGGCGAAAGGAAAGAAGAAGAAGACUAUUCCCCCCCUUGCGUCUGCGAUUCUUUGUCUUUUAUUUAAUUUCUUCGUGUUGAUAUGAAGAUAAUAGUCAUUCUCCUACUUGAAAGCUAAAAAAAGGUCCACGACUGCAACGAUCAAAAAAAGAGCUGCUGGUCUGCUUCACCGG